AUGACGAUGUCAGAGGGAGACGGUCAAAAUGGGGCGCAGAGAUUAUCCGUUCAACCUUCGGCGCCUCGGAAGAAGUUUGCGGUCCCUCCUGUUAAGAAUGCCUGUCUAUCAUGUCGUGCCUCAAGGACGAGAUGCAACGGUGAGCAUCCGUGCGCAAGUUGCGUAACCAAAGAUCGCGAGUGCGUUUAUAAACCUAGUAGGCGAGGGGGACCUCGUAUCCGCAAGAAGUCUCGACCGCUUUCGGACUAUCAAGAUGUCGCCCUCUCGCUACCUUUUCAGCAAGAGGAACUCCCACAGGACUCGCUUCUACUCGAGAAUUAUAUCGACCCUGGGGCUGGCCUCAAGCCUCUAGCUGAUAUAUGGAGGGACAGUGAUGCUAUAUAUGACAAUCUAUUUCAAGAUGCAAUGAUGAAUACUGCUCGUGAUAUCAAAAUCCCGAUGGUUAGGACUUAUGGCGGCAACGACCGGGCUAUAUUGAACGCGUAUUAUAUCUGGAUUCAUCCUUAUUUCCCUAUCCUGCCACCACCAGAAACGACACCAGUAGUUGAUCAAGUUAUGCCUCUUCUCGAAACUCAGAGAGACAAGUUUGAGGAGCCAUCUUCGGCCAUCAGUCUGGCCGUCUCCUCAAUCCUGGCUCUUAUACCAUGCCCUCAGGACACCAAUCCACUUGAUGCAGAAUCAGUCCGUUGGAGGCGCACAUACUCGCAAUUUCUCGCAAAGGCAGCGUUGGAAAGUAUCGAGAUCGAGUCCGAGAGGCCUGAAUCCUCUGUUGAGCCGCCAAAGGCCCUGGAUGAUUCCGAUGAGGAGAUUUUCCGAGAAAAGUUUCACUCACAGGUUCCUCUUGAAUUAGAAAGUAUCAUCGCCCUCAAUCUUCUUAGCGUCUAUGAAUAUGCGCAGCGUGGGAACUUGAAGAAGAUGAGAGCGAGGACUGGCGCAGCUUUGGUGGCUGCAAUGUCUCUAUCGCUCCAUACGCGCAACGACGUAGAAGAUGAAUAUUCUGAGGCGCGACGUCGCGCCUGGUGGAUGACUUACAUUUGUGUUUGUCAGGGAUCCAUUGUCAGCAACAUCCCACCGACUUUUGAGGUGUUUGCAUCUAGUUUUACCGCCAAGUAUCCCACUAUCAAAGCGGACACAGAGGCCUGGCCCUUGUUUGUACAGGCCCAACAAGCUAUUCUAGCAGCUACCCAGUUCGUUAUUGAAUUCAAUAAGGCUAGAAAAGAUCAAGCAGACAUGACGCGUAUUUUCAACCGAAUGAGAGAGCUUGAACGCCUUUUGGAGCCUCUGAUCACCAAAUCCGAGACAUGGGUACUGAACUCUUCGUUGACGCAGCCAGUUGACAAGAGGGAGUCUGUUUUAUCGCAGUCGCUGCGGUGUAUCUCGCGCAUCAAGCUAAACAGUGCUCGAAUCAAAGUGCAUCGCUACUGCGCUUUCUUUGACCUCGCCGUGUUUUCUGUAAAACACUGCGAUCUAAAGAGCACAAACGAAAAAGAAGUCGCCGAAAGUCCCGACGUGGUGCAACUUCAAUCAUGUUGCACUACGACGAUGAGCGGGACUCCGUCCGCCCACUCUAGCCAAUCUGUGGGAUCAGUGUCGCCCACUCUCUCCAGUCGAUCCACACCUAACGCAGACUGUUGCACUUUUACCUAUCAGCCUGCGCCAGUGUCCCUUCAGUUCCCAUUCACCACACACCAAUCAUCCAAGAUUUGCCUGAAAUCUGCCUUGAAUAUCGCCCAGGCGUUUGAUUCACUGCCUUACCCGAACCCCAGUGGGUUGCUUUGCGAUACGCCCUGCUACAUAGGGCCGAAUUCCUCUCUGAUCACACCGAGAACAAUGCCCUCGUUUGCCUGUUGUGCAAUGCAAUGUAGCUAUGCCUUGCUCAUGGUCAAGGAUAGAACAGAGUCGAGGUAUCCGACCGUGGUUGGCGAAGCAAGUCCUCUUGUCGACAACCUUCGUGAUCGUCUUCAACAAGGACUAGUUUCCAUACUAGUGACCCUUGAAAACUACGCCACAUCUUUCGAAGCUUUAGGGGGAAUGAGAGAUCAGAUUCGUGGCAAGGUUGACCUAGCUCUGGGGUUUUGA